AUGGAGCAACAACUUUAUCAUCGUCCAAGACCAGGAGGCAUGGCUGGAAAGAUCCUCGACAAACAAGCCAGCAAAUUCAACAAUGAGGAGGCUGAAAACCUGAUGGAAUGGGUCAAGGGAUUGAUCGGUGAAGAUUUCGACACCUCCGGCAGUCGAGACAAUUUCCGCGAACAGUUGCGCGAUGGACAAAGGCUCUGCAAAUUAGUGAACGCUAAUCGAAGCCUGCCACCAAUUUGA